AUGGCGAACACCGGCGCCCCUCCCAACUACUACAAGAUCCUCGGAAUCUCAGAGGCGGCCACAACCCAACAAGUUCGCGAUGCGUACAAGAAAGCAGCUUUGAAGACGCACCCCGACCGGGUCCCCGCCGACUCCCCUGAGCGAGCGACCCGCACCCGCAAGUUCCAGCUUGUCAACGACGCAUACUACACACUCUCCGACACCCAGAGACGGCGCGAGUAUGACGCCCAGCGAAACAUUUUUGGCGCGUCGGCCGGCGCGACGUACGGCGACUUUGCCGACGACGACGACCCCGCCGAGGAGGUGCCGCCGCAAGCCGGGGCCGGGGCCGGUCCCGGCAACGCCCAGAACGCCUACUCCUGGGCAUGGAACUUCUUCACGGGGGGCAAGCAGGACCAGAGCCAGGAGAAGCGCGAGAAGGCGGACAGCCAGCAGUUCGGCGACGUGUUCGAGGAGAUGCUGCGCGAGGAGGGCAUGGCCGAGGAGGGCACGAACCGGCCGACGGGUUCCUUCUGGAGCAUGAUGGGCGGCCUGAGCGGCGGCGCGCUGGGGUUUAUCGUCGGCAACAUGCCCGGCGCGGUCGCGGGGGCUGUCGCCGGGAACAGGCUCGGCGCCGUCCGGGACGCCAAGGGCAAGAGUGUCUACGCCGUGUUCCAGGAGCUUCCUCAGCCGGACCGUGCGAGGUUGCUCACCCAGCUGGCUGCCAAGAUUUUCAGCCAUACUGUCGGAGCUUAA